AUGUUAUCUCUCGGCUAUUUUAUUCAAAUCCUUUCAUAUAUAAUUUUAUAUCCACUUUUUUCCCCCAUUUUUUUCCGCGCUGAGAGUUUUACUGUAUUCUUUUCUUCUUACUUUUCUUCUUUUCUGUUUCUAUCUUCCUUCAUUUUUUUUUCUUUCGGAACAACUGUGUUCCUUCUGUCUUUCUUGUUUAAAUUCUCUCUUUUCAUUCGUUCCUUCGCCUUUUCUAAUUUCCGGCGUUCGAUUUCAUUGAUCACCAACAUUCCUUCAUUCAUUUAUUCAUUCAUUCUUUUAUUCCUUCCUUCUGGCAUUCCUUCCUUGAUUGCUUGCUUCCUUCCUUCCUUUUUUCAUUUUGAACUUUCUUUUACUUUUUCAUCCGUUCUUAGUGUACUUCUUUUUCAUUCUUUUUUUCUUUCUUUAUUUCUCCUUAAUUUCUUUUUCUUUUUCUUUUUCUUUUUUCUUUCUUUCUCAUCAGUUUAUUUUUUAUUUAUUUCUUUCUCCUCAGUUUAUUUUUAUUUUCUUUCUUUUUUCUUUCUUUCUUCUCAGUUUAUUUCUAUUUUCUCUCUUUUUUCUUUCUUUCUCCCCAGUUUAUUUCUUUUUUCGCUUUUUUCUUUCUUUCUCCUCAGUUUAUUUUUUUCUUUCUUUUUUCUCCUCAGUUUAUUUCCUUUUCUUUCUUUUUUCUUUAUUUUCUUUCUCUUUUUCUUCUUAUUUUAUUUUUUUGCUCUUUCUUUUUUCUUUCUUUCACCUCAGUUUAUUUCUUUUUUCUCCUCAAUUUUUUCUUUUUUCUUUCUUUCUCCUCAGUUUAUUUCCUUGUCUUUUUCUUUCUUUUUUUCUUUCUUACUCCGCAUUUAUUUCUUUGUUCUUUCUUUUUUCUUUCUUUCACCUCAGUUUAUUUCUUUUUCCUUUCUUUUUUCUUUCUUUCUCCUCAGUUUAUUUCCUUGUCUUUUUCUUUCUUUUUUUUCUUUCUUACUCCGCAGUGUAUUUCCUUUUCUUUCUUUUUUCUUUAUUUUCUUUCUCUUUUUCUUCUUAGUUUAUUUCUUUGUUCUUUCUUUCACCUCAGUUUAUUUCUUUUUUCUCCUCAAUUUUUUUUUUCUUUCUUCUUUCUUUUUUUCUCCACAGUUUAUUUCUUUUUUCUUUCUUUCUCCUCAAUUUCUUUCUUUUUCUCUCUUUUUUCUUUCUUUCUCCUCUGUUUACAUCAUCUUGCUGUUAUUGUUGUUAUAUAACGUUUCAUCUUUUCUUUUCCAUCCUCUUCUAUCCUUCUCUUUAUUUUUUCCUAUUUCUCAUUUUUCUUUCAAAAGUCAUCUUUUCCAAUUGGUUCUUUUUAAAUUUUUAUCUAGAACAUAUAUUCUUUCUUUUCUACCUUCUCUGUUUCAAGUUUAUUCAUUUUCUUUCAAUUUAGAUUCUUUCGUUUUAAUUUUUCCCUUCCUUCUUCUUUAUUCAUUUCACCUUUUUUCUUCUUUUCAUAAUGUUGCCUGCUCUUCAUUUUUUUUCUUUCGCUUUAAUUUCUUGUUCGUCUGUUUUCUUGCAUUUUCUUUCUUCUUUCUAAUUUAUUCGUUUUCUUUCAAUUUUAACGUUUCGUUCGAAUUCAUAAUAUUCUUACAUCUUUCUCAUCUUUUCAUUUUCCAUUCCUAUUUUCUCUUUCUCAAUUCUUUCCUGUUUUUUUUUUUUUCACUUUUAUCCCAAAUUUCUUCUCUUUCUUCUUUGCUCGUCUAA